CCAUAAAGGACUAUUAUAUUGAAUAAGUGCUAGUGCUACAAUUUAUAGCAAUUUUAUUAACUAGUGUAGCCACGAGUCGUUUGCUUGCUGCAGGAAUCGAGGCGGCGGAGAUAUUAUGGAGACUGAGAGUGUCGGCUCCGUCGCCGGAGUUCAGCGGCCGAGAUCGACGCUACGGCGAAAUGCAUUAGGAGAAGAAUUAACUCUGCGCGAUGCCUUCCCCGUCAACGCAUCUCCUCUGGAUCGCACCGCCUGCAAGAAAAAGGGGCAUUUGUCGCCGGACUUCCCCAAAAACGACAAGGCCGGACCGGGGACGCCGGAUCAACGAGGGUCACUGGAAAGGCAGUGCCCCUGCGGGCGAGGGCCGUGCGUCGUGCGGACGUCGAAGACGGAGAAAAACCCCGGGAGGCCCUUCUACGCCUGCCCCGGUAAGUUUGAGGCAAGCUGCCAUUAUUUCUCAUGGUGUGACAAAGCGGAUCAGCCCUUCAGAUUUGGUAUUCCUUUGGAACUUAAUCAGCAGAAUGCACUUAACAGCCCACUAAAGCAACAUGGUGGUUACAAAAGUCCGACCAAGCCUUACGGCCAAAUUGACACUCCAGAACCUCCAUUAUGCGCUUGUGGUGCUGGGAAAUGUCGGUAUCUGAAAAUGGAAAAUGGAAUCAAUGCAGGUCUCAGAUACUUCGGCUGUACGAUAAAAAAGCCUAGUGGUAGUUUGAUUUCCUGGCCUGAGAUAGGAGCAAUACAUUUAUAUUGAAUGCAAUUGUGAACCAACAUGCUUUCCAUAGAUGGAAGCACAGUAGACAGUAUGUCUGAACCAUCACCAGCAAUUAUUCUUAUCGGUAUGUGCUUCAGUCAUUCGGGAAGCCUGAUCAUUACUAAAAAUAUUUUUUUUUCAGAGAAUCAUUGUUAGCAUUGUAUCAUGUUGUCCAGAAUUGGCCUGAAGCAUGCAAUUGUUUGACGCAUCGAAAUGGAUAAAGAAUAGUGAAUCACAUUGUGGAGAGCUGAGUAUAAUUUCUUAGAUGAAAGAAUUGUCAGAUUGAAAUAUUAUUUGUUUAUUCUUUCUUUCAAUAUCUCUAUACAACAUUUGAAAACAUCACCCAACCCAAAUUUUUACCCAAAGAGGGUAGGAGUAAAUUUUAUUGGGAAUUGAUAGGGACAUUGUAGAACUUUGAGUCAUAGAUUGGACUGGAUCUUGUUAUCCUAAAGCUUUUGAUUUUUCUUUUAAUGUUUCCUUGCUAGCAUUUCUUGAAAAACGAAUGAAUUUCAAUUUUUUGAUAAAAAAAAUUAGUAAUUUUUUAGGUUAGCAUUGACAUAAUGAUAAGAGAAUGCUAAGAUGAACACACGAAGCUACUUGAAAGAUAAAAAUAAAAGAAAUACUAAAUUUAGGAGACUGAUGGAUAAUAAUGUGGUGAAAUGGUCUGCAAUGUUCAAUGUCCCCUACUAGAUGUUAUAGAGAGAAUAGUUGAAUUGAUUGGAUUGGAAGGGACAAAGAGAUCAAAGAAAAAAAAAACUAAAGAUAGUUUAUACAUAAUUAAUUGCAUCGAACAUUUUUAGCAAUAUAGAUUUAUGCAGUCAAAUCUCAAAUUGCAGACACAACUAAGGCUCUAUUUAAACAAUUUGUACAAACAAUGGGAACUUAAUUUUACCAGGUGUUGUAUAUGAUUUGUUCUCUUCGAGUUCUCAACAUAAGAAAAUUAUAUCUAGAAUAUCACCUAGUGUUGAUUUGUUCUCUUUGAGUUCUCAACAUAAGAAAAUUAUAUUAAGAAUAUUAUUUAGUGUAUCUGUACUUUAAACUUUUAUCCAUGCACUGACCAGAGAAAUUAUUGUGUUGCAUUUGAAAUUUAAGUUCUUUUUCUGUGUUUAACUCACUUUGCCAGACUAAAAGAAAAGUCUGGUUUAUAUUUACCAGGGUCAAGGAGCAUGCAAUUUUAUACAAUGGAUUGAUACUCCAAAUCCUGUUACACCAUCUGCAAAAGAUAUCCAUCUA